AUGGCGGAAUGUCCAAGGACAGUUGAAACCAUAGCCGAAGAUUUAACGAACGACACUUUGUUUGUUGACGUCAACACUUCCAUCUUCAUAGAUUCCAGAACAGUAGAGCUAAAAUCAGACAUUCAUCGCCUGAAGUUCCUUGGAUACGGUGUUAUAGGUUCCGUUGUGAUCGGUUUGGGCAUUUUGGGAAAUUUAAUUAACUUAGUGGUACUUACCCGCCCUAAUCUUAAAGGUGUGACUUUUGUGUAUCUUACUUGGUUGGCUUCUUCUGAUCUAAUGACCCUUUUGGUCAGUGUGACCUCUUUACUUCGACUUCAUGGAAUUCAGCCUCGUAGUUUUGCCGCAUCUUUCUAUUAUGCGUAUGUGGAGUUAGCCCUUGUUAACGCCUUCAUGGCGAGCAGUGUUUUUCUGGUUGUUGCCCUAACCAUUGACCGCUACUUCUCGAUUUGUUUGCCUACCAGAUACAAAGAAGUUCACAAUGACCGCAGAGCUCGAAGAUCAAUAAUAGCUGCCUAUGUAUUAGCGUUUUGUAUCUACGUGCCCAUUUGUUUCCAGAAGGAGCCCGUUCCUGUAAUGAACCAACAAAAUGAAACUAUCUACGUCGCCUGUGAGAACCAGGAUGUAUUUAACCACACUGGAUUCCGAUUUUACUUGCUGAUAAAAGAAAUCAUCGUGAGGAUUGGGCCAGUGAUUCUUCUAGCCAUCUUGAAUACUACAAUCAUUGUGGCGUUUAGAAGGACAGUCCGCAAACGAAGAGAACUUCUGAACAACUCAAAGAGUAACUACAGCCAAAAAGAGAGCAACAGGAAGUUCAGAGAAGAGCGUCGUCUAGUGGUCUUAUUAGGUGGAAUUGUGAUUCUGUUCUUUGUUUGCAUGACUCCUGCUGCUGUCUUGACCCUCCUGAACAGCGACCACAAAGAACUCGAUUUUGGCUUCCAGCUGUUUCGUGCAAUCGCCAACGUUUUAGAGCUUGCAAACUUCGCUAUGAACUUCUACGUGUAUUGUCUGUGUAGCACCGAGAUUAGGAGGACGUUUCUACGACUCUUUGGCUGCAUUCACACCAAACUUCCAGAAAAAAGCUACAUCAGCCGACAUUCAUUAGAAAGCAGCACAAGGAUGUAA